CGCGUUCGGCCGCUAGUGGGGGCUGCUCCGUCGGAGAGACCCCCGAAACCGCCCUUCUUCGCUUGUUUGUCAACAAAACGUCGUCCUCUUCCUCCUCUCGUGCCUUCGCUCUCGUUCAUUUCCGUUCACUUACGGCAUCUGAACCAACAUGGCGACCUUCUCCUUGCGAAACACAGCGACCUCGCUGUUGUUGUUCAGCAGGCGGUCAUUGAUUCCGGGACUAAGUCCUCUCCGUUCAUACCACAAAAAGGUGGUGGACCACUAUGAAAACCCCAGGAACGUGGGCUCUCUAGACAAGAACUCCAAGAAUGUGGGGACUGGGUUGGUGGGUGCACCAGCCUGUGGUGAUGUAAUGAAACUCCAGAUCCAGGUGGAUGAAAAUGGCAAGAUUGUGGAUGCAAAAUUCAAGACAUUUGGCUGUGGAUCAGCAAUCGCCUCCAGUUCUAUAGCAACAGAGUGGGUGAAGGGGAAGUCGGUCGAUGAAGCUCUGAAAAUAAAGAACACAGAUAUUGCCAAAGAACUCUGCCUUCCUCCUGUCAAACUUCAUUGCUCUAUGCUUGCAGAAGAUGCCAUAAGAGCAGCGUUGUCAGACUACAGAAUAAAACAACAGGACAAGGAGGAGAAACUGGUCAAAGCCAGCAGUUAAUGUGCAGUUAGUGUGGGGUUUCAGUACCAGCCACUGUCUUGGCAGCGGUGCAGUGCCCUGUGGAAGAUAAAUUGCCGUAAUACCACACCAGGUCUUGCACCGUCUGGGAUUUCUGGGAGUUUUAUUGCCUCUAAAAAUCUCCAUGGCUGUGAGGUCUGAAAUCAAACCCACAGCCAUGUGGGCUUGAAUUAACACCAGGUGUUAACGCUGGCUAUGGAUUUAUUUGAUCAGAUGAUCAGAAAUGUUUAUUAAUUGUUUUCUGAUUUUGGAGUUGAUGGUGAAUAUUUUUAUCAUAGUAUUGGUGAAUACUGUUCCCUACUGUGCAGUGUUUUUCUACGCAUUAAGACAGGAGAUGCAUCAUAAAUCCAGGUCACAGCCUGUUUUCCUUUGUAUAUUUUGACAUUUAGUCUUUAUUUUGGCUUGGCUGUAAAAACACUGCUCUCUCAUGGAUGAUUUAAUAUGAAAAGGUCAACAGCUAAUGUACAAAUACAAAACCAUAAUAAAGAAUAUUGUAUGAGA